UGCUAGCUUCCAAGGUUGGUGGUGGGGCAAGGCUACCAUGUACAGAUUUUUAGUGGGGUUCGACUCUUUCAUGCUGGACUCGUUAAAGUCUUAUUGAGAGCUUCAACUCUCUUCUUAUCAUUCUCGGGCCCGAAAUCGCAACGCUCGAAAUGUCUUUCAGGAAGAGGAACACAGUCAUCUCCACAGCUCCAACCGGACAGGCGGCGUUGCAAACAAAGAUUGCCAAACCGCAGCCUUCGCCCGGGCUUCGACCAUCCCCGGUUGAUGGUCGCCUCACGAUGUCGACUGGAACAUCCUCCCUGGACCAUCUCCUGGCCGGACACGUCGGGCUACCUCUAGGUACAUCUCUGUUGGUUGAAGAGCAGGGCACGACCGACUUCUCUGGCGUCCUGCUCCGGUACUAUGCCGCCGAAGGGCUGGUCCAAGGUCAUCAGGUCCAUGUCCUAGGCUUCAGUGAGGCCUGGGCUUAUGAGCUUCCUGCCCUCUCUGCCGUGGAUGGGAAAUCCAAGACUGCACAACCUGCCCGCCCAAGCGAGGAGAAGAUGAAGAUUGCUUGGCGGUACGAAGCGCUGGCAAACAACCCAACUCCCGGACUUUCAAGCCGAGGAGGAAGCCAGGCCGCGUCGACAUUCUGUCAUUCUUUCGAUCUCACCAAGCGCCUCGCUUCUGGUUCAAUCAAAGGCGCGAUACACGCCACGCCGUCAGCGAGCCCAAUGAGCUUGUCUCUCGAACCCUCAGGACCCCUGUCGCCUUUCAAAGCGUUUCUCGGUAACCUCCAGGCAAAACUGGCGGCUUCCGACCGCUCAGUCAUUCAUCGGGUCGUUAUCCCGAGCCUCCUUUCUCCAACACUUUACACAUCUGGAUCCUGCGCUCCAGGAGAAGUGCUCCAGUUCUUGCAUGGUCUUAGGGCGCUGCUCCGUCAAUAUAGCGCGCAGGUGACAGCCCUCCUUGCUCUACCCAUCUCAUUGUUUCCGCGCAGUUCGGGCCUGACUAGGUGGAUGGAACUUCUCUGUGAUGGAGUAAUUGAGUUGGUCCCGCUGCCCGCCAAUUCUCCAGCUCUUUCCGCCGAGAAACUGGAUUCAAAAUCUGCCGACCAGAACCAAGGCCUCCUAAGGGUCCACAGCCUACCAAUCUACCACGAAAAAGGGGGCGGCGGCGCUGAAGGCAACCACUUCCGCGAGAACUUGACUUUCAGUCUGAGUGCCUCUAAGGGAUUGGUAAUCAAGCCUUUCAGCCUGCCACCGCUGGGAGAAGAAGGCCAAAAGGAGAAAUCCCCGGCGAGCACAGUAAAGGAUGGCAUGGAUUUCUGAUUUCUGAUCCCAG